AAAAUUCAAUGAAACGCUUUUAUCAUUCGUAUCCCUGCUAAGAACACCUCGUGUGUCGUCAUAUGACGACUCAAAGAUUAAUGUGGAUGAUGAUUUACCAACUCCAGCUGACCAAGAUGAAAUAUCAACACCACCCUCUCAACUUGCUCCACUUUCAACCGAUUUAACAACAUUGACAGAAAGAUUGAAUACGUAUCAACAAAGUCUAGAAAAGAAUAAUGACAUAUCUGAUUUAAAACUUUCGUUUAAUGCAUUAACAACAUAUCUCACAGAGAACACAUAUCCAUAUAAAAUUUGGCCUAAUACUGAACGUGGUGAUCCAGCUGUGGCAAAGAUCAAAGAAGAAAUUAGGGGGUUAAAAGGAUUACUAAUCAAUCUUAGAAAUUUUCCAAAAAUUCCUGCAUCUCCAACUACUUAUUCAACACAAUCUUUAGCAUCUAAACUACCAACAGGAUCACAAAUACCAGAAAUCGAAUGA